AUGCUGAUUUUAAUUCCAUUUCUUAUAAUCUCAUGUCAUGCCUCGUUUUUUACACUUCCGCCAAGGGUAGAAACGUGUUUUCAGCUAACUACAGCUAAGGGAAGUGACAUUUGGGGCGCCUAUGUGAUUUCUGGAGAAGGAGACACUAAGGUGAUCACAAGAGUUCAUAAGCCAGAUGGGAUUAUUAUAUGGCAAAACCCAAGGGACACAAGAGAAGGCAGCUUUGAUUUUGUCUCUGAAAAUGGAGGGAAAUACAAGCUUUGUUUUAGGACUAUGGACUCUUUAGCGAAAACUGUCAGCUUUGAAUUUAAUUCACAGGACAAAACUCAAUUUAAAGAAUUACCAAAGGAAGAAGAAAUUGGGCCGAUAAAUGAUGGGCUUACCAAGAUGAAUAAAGAACUAGAUAAAAUAUAUAGAAAUAUUCACUUUUACCAGAGAAGAGAAAAAGUGCAUAGAGAUUUGGCAGAAAGAACAUGCGAUAGGGUGCUUUGGACUGUGCUAAUAAAGAUAGCUGUACUUGUCUUGAUAUCGUUCUCACAAAUAUAUAUGUUGAGGAAGUUUUUAGAGCCAAAAGGAAGCAGAAUUUAA